CAAACUCAGAAAUCAAGAAACAAGCUACACUGAGAAACAAUGGCGGAGAGAUCAGAGGAAGUGAAGCUACUGGGGAUGUGGGCUAGUCCUUUCAGCCGCCGGGUCGAGAUAGCUCUCACCCUCAAAGGUGUACCAUACGAGUUCUCUGAGCAAGACAUAGCCAACAAGAGCCCUUUGCUACUCCAAUCAAACCCGGUUCACAAGAUGAUUCCGGUUCUUCUCCAUAACGGUAAACCAAUCUCUGAAUCACUCGUGAUCCUUGAGUACAUCGAUGAUACAUGGCAAAACAAUCCCAUCCUCCCUCAAGAUCCAUACCACAGAGCCAUGGCUCGGUUUUGGGCCAGGUUCGUCGAUGAACAGAUUUAUGUGACGGCUAUGAAAGUGGUGGGGAAGGUGGGAGAGGAAAGAGACGUGGCGGUGGAAGCGACUAGAGAUUUAUUGAAGCUGUUGGAGAAAGAGCUUGUUGGUAAAAACUUUCUUGGUGGGGAAAGGUUAGGGUUCGUGGACAUAGUUGCAACUUUGGUGGCGUUUUGGCUGAUGAGAACUGAAGAGGUCGUUGGAGUCAAGGUUGUUCCUGUGGAGAUGUUCCCAGAGAUUCAUAGAUGGGUGGAGAAUCUUUUGGACGUUGAUGUCAUCAAGAAAUGUAUCCCUCCUGAAGAUGAACAUCUCAACUACAUAAAAGCUCGCAUGGAUAGCCUCAAACUCAAAUCAGUUCAAUAAAUAAGUUCAAUAAAUAAUAAAACCUCUUGUGUUGUGUAACAGUGUAAGAGUUUCUUUUAAAAACUUGUCUGAAUGAGGAAGGUUUUGAGAUUACUAAGUGAUUUUUCAUAUGUAUAUUUACUCUCAUUUGCUAUUCAACCUGAACUGUUACAUGAUGAAUCCCACAAGUUUUCCUACAGAAAUUCCUAACAUUAGUAAUAAUCUCUAAAGAGCUAGCUCCCGGUUCGGGCAAGACAUGGCAUGACAAUACAAUCCUCCCAACUGUUAUCUCCCAAACAUGAAGAUCAUGAACAACUUUAACUCCGUUGAUACGCCUCAGCCCUCUCUCGAGCUUCUCUAUGUCUACAUCGCGUGGUGCACGCUCCAUUAAUAUACCAAAUAUGUUUUUGAGCAUUGGUAUAGUCGCGGCAAGAGCAAAGGAAGAGAAAACAAGAGUGCAUAUCAAAUCAACCAAAACCCAUUUUGGUUUCACCCAAAUUAUCCCUCCACCGAUCAUAACACCAAGUGACUGAAUCAUAUCCGCCAUUGCGUGUAGAUAAGCUCCUUGUAUGUUAAUAUUCAUCUCCUUCGACGACGACGACGGUUUCUCCUCGGAACCACCUUUUAAUGGAUCCAUCUCCUCAUCUUCCUCCUCCUUGUGAGAAUGCUGAUGAUUAUGAUUAUGAUGAUUGUGGUGGUGGUGGUGGUGGUGGCUAUGGUUAUGUCCUAACCAAAUAACCAUAACCAAGUUCAUGAAAAACCCGAAAGCCGAGAUCCCAAACAUGAUUUCACCAUCAACCUCUCUGCUUCUACUAAGAAGUCUUUGAAUGGCUUCAUAUAUUAUAACUCCAGAGACAAGCCAUAUAAGCUGAACAGACAAGAAAGCAGCUAACACUUCAAGACGUUUAAACCCAAAAGAGUUUCUCGGACUCGCUUCCCAGCUUGAGACCUUGAUCGCCAAAAGAGAGACGCAGAGACCCGCCACGUCGGACAGCAAAUGAGCAGCGUCUGUCAUCACAGCGAGGCUGUUAGCCUUGUAACCUCCAACGAUCUGUACCGACAUAACGAUCAGAUAAAUAAAGAUGAGGCUGCUUAGUCUUGUUAUGGAUUCUUGGCGUUCUCUUGACUCGGAAACGCAAUGUUCUUGCCUCGUAAACGCGCAAGAAAGAGGAUUGGGCUCCUCUGUUUCUGGUGAUGACUCGGUUUCUUCAUCGUAGGGUUUCGAGAUACGGAUGUGUUCCAGUUCCAUAAGCUGUUUCACAAGGCUAGCGUUAGAGAAGGAAAACACAAAUUUGAUCCUAUCUCAAGAAAACGAACCUGAGAAUCAGAUGGAGAGGGGAAAUGAAUGUUGUCUUCCUCGGGAGUCUUGAGUUUCAUGAUAUUAUCUUAUUGUUAGAGAUAAAGAAAGACAUAAUAAUCCUGAGAAUGAAUAGCGAUUUGAAGGCAAAAAGAACAAGAAGUACCGAUGAUCCAGCAAAUAUGGGGAGAGA